AUGGCGGGACCUCAGGAUCGCCCGCACGUGCUCCACGAGUUUACGGUGCGACGCGACCUCGAUCUCCUCUCCGCGAUCUUCGCGAAACUGCCGUUCAAAACUCUUCUCGCCGCGUCGCAGGUGUGUCGGUUCUGGUCGCAAGCGAGCGAGCAUCUGUUUCAGAAGGAAUGCGAGAGGAAAGGGUGGAAACCACCCAGACGACCGCGAGGGCAGACAGAAGUCUCCUCCUUCCGACCUUGGCGCUCCCUCUUCUUCCGCCAUGCCUGCAGGAGCUGCGGAGGCAAGGGCGAGUUUAUAGCCCGACACGCCAAACCACCCCUGCACACUGCCUCUUUCAAUGCUACCUCUCUUAUAGCAGCUGCUCCCAAUGCUGCUGCUUCUCCCGAUACUCCCUCUCCCAAUGCUCCCUCUUCCGACGCUUCCUCUCCCAAGUCUGCCUCUGCGAAAAGAAAGGGAUCAGAAAUGCGUACUCCCUCUCCAUCUCUCGACGACCAUCCGCGCCGCGUCGUGGGGGAUCCACGUGACUUCAUCACCGCGCUUCACAGCGGUUCCAGGGACUCAUCUCCCGGUAGCUCCAUGCACGGCGGCGCCAGCGGAAAAUCGCUACUGUCGCACGCGCUGUCGUACACACCGUCGCACACUCUGUCGCCACCGAAUCUCAGCCCCCAAAGCGACCCCCCCAGCACCGGUAGUUGCAACAACCGGCAUUUCCGCCGAUGCCCAAGCGUCGCAGAAUCCGCCACGGCGGCUUCUAACGCGUACAUCGCCUCUCAUGCACACGUCAGCGGCCGAGCUGCUCCUGAGCUUCAAGAGCUUCCGCACUUCACGCAGCCCUCCUCGGUUCGUUCGGAGCGUAGAGGCGCCGCGUUCGGCCAUCUUGGCGCGAAGACAGACGCGCUUAGAGCUGAAGGAUACGGGAGCUGGCGGGAGUGCGGCUCGGGGUCGCACAUUAGAAGCCGAGCCGCCGCCGCCGCUGCUGGUAGCUUAAUCGGCGGGAGUCGAGCGGAUGAUUUCGCGGGGGUGUCGGCGCGACGGAGCGGCGAGGGCAGCGGAUCUCAGCGGGGUUUGAACCGCCUGCUGAUGCGCGAACCACUGGCGCAUGCUUCCGCCGCUCCGCGCGCCAGCUUCCGCGCAGACAAUUGCGCGGACGCAACUUUGGCGGAAGCGGGGACAGGAGGCCCCCGAAGUUGCGCCACGAGUUCAGCCGCGGACGCGAGUGUGACGCAGAGAAAGGGUUUCCGCGAAAGCGCCGUCUGCGCGGACGAUCUGGCGGAAGCGGCGGCGGCGGCAGCGGCGGAACCGCAGAGUCUUGCGCCAUGGUCGUCGGUGUUUCUUGUUACGGUUGUUUCUAUGGUGAUGGUGCUGCUGCUGCCAGCGAUGUUGCCGCGCGUCGGUCCGCCGCCGGACGAGCUGCUGCUGCUGCCCGUGCUCGUGAUGGUCGUGGUGCUGACGCUCGCGUGCACACCAACUGUAACCCGCUCCAACCCUAAACACGCGGUUUUUUUCUGA